AGGAAGGCUAGUGCUCUUUCCGCUGAGCGAUCCACGUGGAUCAGGAUCAGAUGUCAGUAUUUUUCGUGCAGGUGAAAAACACGAACAAUAUUAAAUGUCUGUGCUCAACUUGGAAGUAUUUAACAAGAGAGCAGCGGCUGCGGAGGAGGAGAUUCAGUAUUUGAAGAAAGAAAUAGACAAUUUGAAAAAGUUAAUUGCUCGAGUCACGCUUCCGUCUGAUGAUGAUUCUGCCAGACUACAACAAGAAAAUACGAAAUUGAAACACAGGGUGGCGAUUCUCAAAAGGUACGUCGAUACAUUGCGAGAGAAAGAAUCUUCCUCAUCUGGAUCAAAAGGCAGUACGAUGCUUAGCAUUUGUGAAACAUUGAAUAAAAUCUUUUCCGAUGCCAUCACGCAAGCCUAUCCGGAUAUUCCAGACCCUCCGGUCAUUGUGACAACUUCAUCUAAUCCUAAAUUCGGCGAUUAUCAGUAUAAUAGCGCGAUGGCACUGAGUAAACUAAUCAGCAGUCAAGGUCAAAAGGUGACACCAAGAGAUGUAGCAAUGAAAAUAUUGGAAAACAUCAAAGAUUCUUCGCUAAUAGAAAAGCUUGAAAUUGCUGGUCCGGGAUACAUCAAUGUAUUCUUGAAGCAUGAUUUUGGUCAACGAGAAUUGCAGGAGGUUCUUGUAUUGGGAAGAGUUCCUGCACCGGAAGUUCCAAAACAAAAAGUAGUGGUCGAUUUUUCGAGUCCAAACAUUGCAAAACAGAUGCACGUUGGUCAUCUCAGAUCGACGAUCAUCGGGGAGAGUAUUUCUCGCCUCCUGGAAUAUCUCGGACACGAUGUACUUCGGCUUAAUCAUCUUGGUGACUGGGGAACCCAAUUUGGAAUGUUGAUCGCUCAUCUCCAAGACGAAUUUCCAGAUUAUCGUACGGUCUCCCCACCGAUCGCUGAUCUUCAGACUUUUUACAAACAAUCCAAAGCUCGAUUUGACAGUGACGAAGAAUUCAAAAAACGAGCUUACGAGUGUGUUGUCAAACUGCAGGCUUUUGAUCCUGACAUUACGAAAGCUUGGCAAUUGAUUUGUGAUGUUUCAAAAAAAGAAUUACAACAUGUUUACGACCGGUUGGACGUAACACUCAUCGACAGAGGCGAAUCGUUUUAUCAAACUCGUAUGGAAAAAAUAGUGAAAGAAAUGGAGGAGGGGAAGUAUUUGGAAGAAGAUGAAGGUCGUAAAAUAAUGUGGGGCGAGGAGCCGGGUGUUGGUAUACCGCUUACGAUCGUAAAAUCUGACGGUGGUUUUACUUACGAUACUUCGGAUAUGGCAACAAUUAGGAAUCGUAUCGAGGAGGAAAAAGGGGAUUGGCUGAUAUACGUGACCGAUGCGGGCCAAGCGACGCAUUUUCACACUAUCAAAAAUUGUGCCAAGCGAAUGGGUAUUUUUACGAACAAGCAUCGAAUGGAUCACGUUCCAUUUGGCGUCGUAUUGGGAGAGGAUAAGAAAAAAUUCAAAACCCGUUCGGGAGAUACCGUGAAGCUUAGCGAUCUUUUGGACGAAGGUUUGAAGAGAGCUCGUGACAAACUUAUUGAAAAAGGACGUGACCAAGUUCUGACGCCAGAAGAAUUGAAACAAGCGCAAGAAUCAAUCGCCUACGGUUGCAUCAAAUACGCCGACUUGUCGCACAACCGAAAUCACGAGUACGUUUUUUCGUUUGAUAAAAUGUUGGAGGACAAAGGCAACACAGCUGUUUAUUUGCUUUACGCUCUAACGCGAAUUCGAUCGAUCGCACGAACAGCUAAUGUAACGCAAGAGCAAUUAAAGGCGGCAGCCAAAGACACUCCGAUUUCUCUGGAACACGAGAAAGAAUGGAAAUUGGCUAAAACUCUUAUCAAAUUUCCCGACGUACUUUUGAAAAUAACCAAGGAUCUUUGUUUGCAUACUCUGUGCGAAUAUUGUUACGAAAUAUGUUGCAGCUUCACCGAGUUCUACGAUAGCUGUUAUUGCGUUGAGAAAAAUCAGUCUGGCGAAAUUGUUAAAAUAAACAUGGGUCGAAUUUUACUCACCGAAGCCACAGCCAUUAUUCUUGAACAAUGCUUUUAUAUACUUGGCCUAAAACCUGUUGCUCGCAUGUGACUCAUUACAGACUAUCGAUUACUUCGAAAAGGACUUUUUUUUCAUCACUUUUUCGAAUAAAAAGAGUUAUUCUGAA